UGAGGGUUCUUAAGGAUCCAUCCUCAAUUUGGGAUUCUUCUUUGAAAAUGUCUUCAUCUUCAAAUCUACAACCUGCCAAAGGUGGAAGAGGCAGUCAUCAAAAAGCUAUCUUGUCUCCGGCAAUCUUAUCUGAAGGUGGUAAGGGAAAUUUGGAGCCUGAUGAAAAUGAGGACGAAGAUGUAGAUUUCAAUCCUUUUUUGAAAGAAACCCUUUCAUCUGAAGCAUCUUCCAGUUUGAGUUCUGAAAACGAAGGUUUAGGUGGUGAUGUGAUUGAUAAUGUGACAAGCUCUUCUGCUCCCAAUACUGCUAAUUUCUCUUCAAAAUUGACAAAUCAGGUUCAUGAUUUUGCCAGUAGAGAUUCCGAAUAUGAUGAGGAAGUUGUCAUGCAAACUAGGUUAUCUCCUGAAAGAUCCUGCGGGGAUGAAUCAGAAGUUGGCGUUCAAGAAAAACUAAAAAAGAGGAAAUUGGCUGUGAGUUUUCAACAAGAAACAGAAGCUGUUACUGGAAAGGAGAAUGCCUCAACUAGUGGAACUGAUGCUAUGAAAGAGGAUUUGGCAGAUCCAAGAAAUCCCAGGACAUCUGUUGUGGAUUUAGAUGAGGAAGAUGCAAUUUGUAGACGCACUAGGGCUCGCUAUUCACUUGCCAAUUUUACGCUUGAUGAAUUGGAAACUUUUCUUCAGGAAUCAGAUGACGAUGCUGACCUUCGAUAUGCUGAUGAUGAGGAAGAAUACAAGAAAUUUCUUGCUGCUGUAUUACAGGAUGGGGAUUGUGAAAGUCAGGCAAUACAGGAGAAUGAAAAUUUUGUUGAUGAUGAAGAAAAUGAUGCAGAUUUUGAGAUAGAAAUUGAAGAGGCAUUAGAGAGUGACCUUGAUGAAAACCAACCAGGUAAAGGCCAAAAGAAUAAGCUUGAGGGAGUUGGUCGUCGACCUGAAACCAGGCAAAAUAGACGCCAAAAAGCUUCAGUUCAUGGGAAAAGGAAUAUAUUGGGACUGGCCAAGAGGCCAUUACGUCCUCUAUUGCCAUUCAUGCCGAACUCACAACUGACCCCUUUUCCAGCUCUUGAUUUACCAAGGGCAACGCCUGAGACUGGUCCACAUUUAUCUUCUUCCUCUGCCCAAUCUGAUUUAAUAAAUGGGUUUACACGGCAUCAGAUAGGCCAGUUGUAUUGCUUAAUACAUGAACACAUGCAACUUCUUAUUCAGGUUUUUUCUCUCUGUGUGCUUGAACCUUCUCGUCAACACAUUGCCAGUGAAGUCCAGAGAAUGAUUUCAGAGAUGGUUCACAAACGUGAUGAAGUAUUAGCGUGGAGAAAUGUGUCAUAUCCUGGUUUUUGUUUUCGUCCUCCAUACAUUCAUUCAUCAGUCUCAGAUGAAUUUCCCCAAAUUUAUCAGGGAGAGAACACUGUUGAUUCAUCUUUUGCAUCCAAUGCACAAAAAGAAUGCCCUUCAACAAAUAAUAUGAUGCCAGUUCCUCAUCGCGGUUCCCAUUCCGAUGGAAGGAGUUAUGAGCAAGCUCAAGUUAACCAAGUGAAUCCCCCUCAAACUGCCAAAUCUUCUCUCUGGGUGCCUCUGAUUAUUGGCCCUGUACUUUCUGUUCUUGAUGUUGCUCCACUGAAGUUAGUUGGCGGAUAUGUGGCUGAAGUUUCUACUGCUGUUCAGAAAUAUCAACAACGUCAUGUUGAAGCUGUGUGUGCUAGUCCCUAUGAAAAAGAACCUCUUUUCCCACUUCCUAGUUUUCCGCCAAUGGCCGAAUCUACUAGUGAAGUUCUUAGAGGAGCAACUUCCCAGGGUCCCAAUACUUCUUCUUCUCCCGGUCCUCAGCAGCCUAAGAAGACAUUGGCUGCCACACUUGUUGAAAGUACCAAGAAGCAAUCUGUUGCUCUUGUCCAAAAGGACAUUGUUAAGUUAGUGCAAAGAUUUUUUCCAUUGUUCAAUUCAGCAUUAUUUCCACAUAAGCCACCCCCAGUAGCUGUUGUAAAUCGAGUGCUUUUUACUGAUGCAGAGGAUGAAUUACUUGCUUUGGGAUUGAUGGAAUAUAACACUGACUGGAAGGCAAUUCAGCAACGGUUUCUUCCUUGCAAAUCUAAGCAUCAGAUUUUUGUUAGGCAGAAGAAUCGCUGUUCUUCUAAAGCGCCUGAAAACCCAAUAAAGGCAGUUCGGCGUAUGAAGACUUCUCCUUUGACUGCUGAAGAGAAGGCACGCAUUCAUGAGGGACUUAGGGUCUUCAAGCUUGAUUGGAAGUCCAUAUGGAAAUUUAUUGUUCCAUAUAGGGAUCCAUCUUUACUACCCCGGCAAUGGCGUGUUGCUCUUGGAACACAGAAGUCAUAUAAAAGUGAUGCAGCUAAAAAAGAGAAGAGGAGAUUAUAUGAAUCCAUGAGAAGAAAUUCUAAAGCUGCAGGAAUUGCCUGUUGCCAAAUUGCGUCAGAGGAGGAUUAUCCAGUUGAUAAUGCUUAUGGAGGGAAUAACAGUGGAGAUGAUAAUGUGGAUGAUGAUGAAGCUUAUGUACACGAGGCUUUCUUAGCUGAUUGCAGACCUGGAAACUCUAGUCUCAUAUAUUCUGAACUUCCACAAUCAAGCUUUAGCAAAGGAAACAAAUCUGGUGUUGGUGAUGGGUAUGGAGAAACUCAAUCCAGCCAUGGUCACAUGCAUGAAGUUUUGCCUUCUUCAAUUUACUCUCAACAUCUACAGAAUACAUCUUAUUUUAGUAGUUACAGAUAUAAUUCCUCGAACAUUAUGCUCUCCAAUCAGCUGGCGUCCGAUCUGGUCUCCAAAUCAGCAAAAAAGCAAGUCCAUUUGCGACCAUACCGAGUUCGUAGAAGUAAUUCUCUCCAGUUGGUCAAGUUGGCACCUGACUUACCUACUGUUAAUCUUCCUCCAUCUGUUCGUGUGAUCUCUCAAUCAGCUUUCAGAAGUUACUGCUCUGGAUCAUCUUCUUUUACCAAGACUUAUACUGCUGGAGGUGGUGGUGGGAGUGGACAUGCUGCUGGAACAGAAGAUCAAGUUGCAAGACUUAAUAUAGCAAGAUCGGGUACCACUCAUUCAAUAAAUGCUGGAAAGAACAAAUCUUUUCCCAUUAAUCACAAUACUGCGAAUCCUUGUUCAAAAGUCUCUGGCCUACCUGUAGAUCAACAUGUUGCAGGGGAAAAACGUGGUGAGCUGGAUCUUCAGAUGCAUCCAUUACUGUUUCAGGCCCCUGAAGAUGGCUGUUUUCCAUAUUACCCUUUGAACUGUGGUGCCACCUCUGGCACUUUGAGUUUGUUACCUGGGAAUCAGCUUCAAGCAAAUUUUGCUCUCUUCUGUAAGCCUCAAUCUGUGGGUCAAAUCCCCUCCACCCCUGGUACUAUUGAAUUCCACCCACUCUUGCAAAAAGCAGAUGAUGUUAGCACUGAUUCUGUUCCUGCAUUACCAGCUUGUCACCAAUCUGUUGAUCUGGAAUCACUUCAUGGCCACUGUGCUCAACCUCAGCAUCCAGACACUUCUGUUCUGACUGAGCCACAGGUCAGUAGUGGUCUAUCUGCUUGUUGUACCAGACAUGUUUGGCCUGCUAGCCCUUCUGAUAAGAAUAGUGAAUUGGAUUUGGAAAUUCACCUGAGUUCUACAUCAAGGAAGGAGAAAGUUAUAGGAAACAGAGCUAUCACAGAACAUAAUUCUAAUGAUCUAGAAAUCAGUGGAGCAGAAUGUGGAACUACAAUGGGAAAUCAAAGGUCUAAUGGACCAUCUUACCGAGAUAGUAGCCCACAUUACCAUGCUGUUUCUGUUGCUUCCAAAUACAGCAAUAAAGAAAGCCCUCAAGGUGCUUGUCCCAUGGUUCUGGCAAGCAGUAGCCUAAGUGGAUGUGCUGAAGAUAUCACAGGGCAGCGGUCUCCUCAGGAGAUUGUGAUGGAACAGGAAGAAUUAAGUGACUCUGAUGAAGAAGUUGGAGAAAAUGUAGAGUUUGAAUGUGAAGAGAUGGCUGACUCUGAUGGGGAAGGAUCGGACUUUGAACAGUUCGUCAACUUACAUAAUAAGGAGGCCCCUUCUGCUGUGGUGGAGGAAGAUGUUUCCAAUGCUGAUCAUGACAGCGAGCAAGGUCUGCAGACAGAUGAUGCCCAUGACACUGAGGGUGAUACUCGUUCCUGUAAAUCAGGAUUAUCAAACAAAGAGGGAGAUGCCUCCUCGAAGAGUGCAUUGCUUUUAAGUCUAGAUUCACAGACCCUAGGACAAUCCACUUGUUCAAAGCCUAAAUCCAGAGGUAGUGGAAAAGGGGAUGAUCAAAUUGGUAGAAGUUAUUCUCAGAAUGGGCUUCCGCCUCGUCCCAGCAGAUCUUGCAAGAGAGUGACACCAAACUCAAGUACAGAACUGCACCAUCUGGACAUGCCAAAACAGCAAAGUGUAGGCAGUGUUGAAGGUACUGUUGGUUUUACCCCAGGGACGAAACCUAGAAAGCGUGCGUCCAGAAGUAAUUAUACAAAGGGUAACUCUAAUUGCGUUAGUAGUGAUAACACAGUUUAUCGCCGACCUGAUGAUGGUUUUCCAAAGGUAGAAGAUGAUGUGAGGAUUUCCACUCCUAUGAGUUCCAAUGCUUUGCACACUGGAGGCAGUACUGGGGCUCAAGGCCUCAGGGAGGUAUUGGAAUCCAAGCCUCAAUUGUAAUUUCUUCUUAGUCCCUACCCACCCCCCUCUUACUUUUCUUCUUCUUUAGAUGUAAAUAUGGGAUCUCAUCAAAAUGGGGGAGAUAAGUUCAAAUGAUCUAAAAAUCCUAACUUUGAUUUCGCA